AAAUAGUUAAAUAGUUACCUCCCUUGAAUUGUGUAACAAAUACGAACAGUCUCAUUGGUUCAAUUAAUUUUAGACUCACCAAUGAACAUUUAGUUUAGAAUGUAAACAACAGAAAACAUUAUUGCGCAAAUUUUAAUUUUAAAACAAAGACACUACGAUAGGUUACAAUGACUGAAGUGGAAGAAUUACUGUAUGUCACUGAAGAGUUUAAUGGACAGUUAGAAAUUAACAAGAAAAAGGCUCGUAAACAGAUUGAUGACAUACGUCAAAGGGCCAUCAGAUUGAGUAAAGUGUGGAAGAAAUUAGAAGAUAUGGUUAAAAGUGAAACUGCAGAACUGGCUUCUGAGAAAGAUGGAACUUUCAAAGUCAAGUUAGUACAAGAAGGGGAGCAACUCCGAAGUGACAUUGCUGCUGUAAAGAAGCAUCAGACAGAGUUGUCCUCCCGAAUUCGAGAGAAAGAAAGCUUGAGAAAUGAAUUAUCAGAGAAACAAGUUAGAUUACAAGUAGAAAAGGAGAGAAUUGAAAAUGACACAAGGGUACAAAUUCCUAUCAAAAGGGAAACAAUCGCCCUUUACACAUGUGUAUCCAAAAUAAGAUGGGACUUUGAAGGUUCAUCUGAUGAAAUCAAAGGAUACAUCAACAACAAAACUGCCGUGAAGCCAUUCUGCUUUGACAAACGUAAGGCUUCUCAGUUCUUCAUCAGCAACGCUCUCUGGGACACCAUGGAGGAAAACUGACAGCCGGACGACUGUUGUUGUUGUUAUUAAAUGAAAACUGAAUACCAGCCACAGCUUUUAGUGCUGUAAAAUGAGACUUCAUCAAUAUUAAUCAUUUGUUAGUUUUUUUCUAAUUUUAAAUUUCACAUACGCGGUUGGGUUAAAAAUGUUUAAAUACUUAAGCUUUUUAACAAGAAGGGUGUUAAUUUGUGUUUGUGUGUUUUAAUCUUUACAAAUUUUUAGCAUUUCAAAUACCAAACAAAAUAAAUGAAUUUGUGUACAUAUUGUUUUUAAUUUGGAUCUGUAUGUCAUUGUGAAAUGCAGUUUCACUCCUAUGGUGAAGUUUUAACCAGGUUUCCAUCAACUUCAAUUUGUCUUGAUAAAUCUUGAUAAAACUUUUUAUUGCAAGCAUACAUAGAGCCCUAUCUUAGUAUUGUUUUUGGGGCAUGUUCGGUAAAGAUGAUUGUUACUGAAGCUAAAAAUACAAAUAAAAUAGUUUCUGCUCAACAA